ACGCAGAUGUCCCGUGAUCUUGCCAGAAGCAGCGCACUCUGUAAGGACUGCUGCCAGCUGCAGUGUGCUGGUGCCUCAAUUCUCUCAGUCCUCAACUUCCAACCCAAACCUCAACCCACACAGUCAACAACAUUGCCCUUAAUAGCCUGCAAUUGGCUACAAGCAUUCUGAUGCAAGCUCCAUCACCUUACUGACUUCUACAGCUAGCUACUGAGCGAGUACGUCUCUGCUGCAAGCGCUUUUUUUGUCUCGUCAGGCAGUCUUUCCAGGCUAAUAUCCACCUUGCCAGUGGUAUGCCGUCUCUCAUCUUGCGCAAGCUUUCUCUACUUGUACUAACACGCUUUACACACUCAUCAGCAGGUCAUGCAAGCGCUUCUUCAUCUUGUCAAGCGGUCUCUCUUUGCUGGUUCACUUUCCUGUCUGUUGCGCGCGUGGUAUCGCCAGCUCACCUUUCAUGCGAGUGCUUGCAGCAACCACUUCUCUCUCUCAUUACUGGGCAUUGUCUUGCACUGGUGGCUAUUGUUUGAUGGCUUUCCUCUCGAUUUGGUCUCGUCCUUGACGCCAACCUCAACCUCUACCUCUGACUCUAUUGUUGCUCUCGCGCUGGCACAAUAAGUCGCACUUUGUGUCUCUCAAUCAGAACCAGCUCGAUAUCCAUUGCUUCCAUCAUUCACACCCUUUACCAACACGACCACGCCAUUGCAUCACAGGCACUACAAGUAUCAUUGGCGUGCUGCAGGCGAUCCCUGAUGUACUGUGUAGAUAGUCAACCUACGGUAGAUCCUGAUCGCAUGAUAGCAAAGUGAACGGAUCCACCGCGGUGACCACUUUACUAGUCCCACAUGUUCACACACUUUCACGCGUGUUGCC